AGGAGAGGAGAGGAGAGGGAGUUUGCAGCUUGGCCAAAGUGCGCUAUCAGCUGCUGAAGGCUGGACAGACGAGCGGUGCGUGGAUACUGAUAGAGAGGAGAGAGGGUGGGGGCGCGAGGCGGUGGACGGAGACUCUCUCGUCGUUGUCGUCGGUGACGGUCGUACAGAUGGGCGCGACUCUCCUCAGCUGAGCCGGCCACCGAUCCAGCAGCACCAGAGGCCACCCAAUGCUGCCUGAAUCCAGCUGACCACAGUUGGACAACCCACAUCCUGCGAAUGCCACUUGGCUAUAACUGGCACCAUGCUCCCCCGUAACAUGCGAACAGGAGGUUAUGACCUGCCGGGGGUGGAGUCAAGCAACGUGCCUCUCAUUGGCUACCGGCCCUUACCACCUGACAGCGGCACCCCGGGCAACCAAUCAAGGAGGGGGAGCGGCAGCGAUGAAUUGGAAACUUCACAGGCAGAGCCCUCACCAAUGAAAACCAUCUGGUACUGUCCUGUGGAUCUGUCCACUGUGGUGGAGGAAGAGGAGGAUGGGGUGAUCUACACAGUGGUGGUCAAACAGCAGCAUGGUGCCCCCAAUAGUGUGACGUCAGCAACUUCUCGCUCUCAGUAUGUAAAAGCAGGGACAGAAGAGAAGCUGGUGCGCCACCUCUUCAAUUCCUUUUUUCCGGGAGACUCCUCCUUUAUCACCAUCUUCCUCUCCACCUAUCGAUCCUUCACCUCCACAGGGAGAGUGCUGGACAUCCUGUCUGACAGAUUGGAGAACCCGCCUGGGGACAGCGGGACGAGCCAGACGAGACAAUCUUUCAACAAAGCGGUGUGUACUGUGUUUAGCACGUGGCUCUCUGAGUAUCCUGAAGACUUUAAGAGUUUGGGGGAGCCCUCUCGCCUGCUGCGCCUGGCUCCCCUCCUCCCCCAGGACUCCUCGUCUGCAGCCGACCUCCGCGCUCGCCUCCUCAGCAUAGCCGAGGAGCUCAGCGAGAAAGCCCUGCUCCCUGACGCCCAUAAAGAUCAGAGCGGUUUCACCAGCCCUCCUCCUGACGCCUCCAAGUUUGAACCCACCAGCGUCCUUGGAUUCCCUGCAGCGCUCAUCGCUGAGCAGCUCACCAAAAUAGAGACAGAGCUGUUUGUCCGUCUGGUCCCGUACCACUGCCUCGGCUCACUGUGGUCGCAGAGAGACAAGAAAGGGAGGGAAGGCGUUUGUUGGUCCGUCCGGGCCACCAUACGUCAGUUCAACAAGUUGGCCAAUGCAGUUUUAGCAUCCUGCCUUUGGCCUACGAAACUGCGCAGCCAGCAGAGAGCCCGACUUCUGGAGAAAUGGAUCAGCGUGGCAGAGGAAUGUCGAGCCAGGAAGAACUUCUCCUCGCUGUAUGCCAUCGUGUCGGCCCUGCAGAGUAAUCCCAUCCACCGGCUAAGGAAGACGUGGCAUGACACUGACAGGGAGGCAGUGAGGAGAUACGAGGAACUGUCAGAAAUAUUCUCAGACAAGGACAACUACUCACAAAGCAGAGAACUCCUAAAGGAGGAGGGCACAUCAAAGUUCGCCAACAUUGACCACAGGCUCAACAACAAACAUAUUAAUAGGUCCAACGCCCAGGGCACUGUGCCACCUGUUGCACACUAUUUUACAAUUAUCAAACUGACAUAACACAUCCUGUCACUCCCUUUGCAGAACGGCUACAUCAACUUUGACAAAAGGAGAAGGGAGUUUGAGGUUUUAGCUCAAAUCCGGCUCCCGUCUUCUUGCAAAAACUGUGUUUUCACCGCUGACGAGGCCUUCAUACAGUGGUAUCAGAGUGUACCGACACUAACAGAGGAGGAAAGUUACAGACUGUCCAAUGAAAUUGAAGCACCUGGUGAGCCGAGCCCCCGCGGCCAUCCUCCAACAGUCAUCAUCACACAGUGCCCAGACCUGAGUACGUCUCGGACCAGCCUGACUGGUGACAGUGACAGCCUCUUUGACUUCCCCUCCCCUGUCAAUAAUCUGCUCUCAAAACUCACAAAGCAUAUGAAAUCUCCGUCUGUGUCCUGUCUGGAUGUUGACACGUCUCCUUCAACCACUGACUCCACCCCUGCCACGUUGACUCCAUCCACUCCCACAAAAUCACACCGCCGAUCAGUCUCCUGCGGCAACAACCCCCCUAAUAACAUCCAAGGGUCGGGGCCCGACAUGCGAAUCAUCAGGAUACGGAUGGACCUGCACGAUGGAAACAUGUACCGAAGCAUACUGGUUACGAGCAAUGACAAGACCCCCACUGUGAUCAGCUCUGCCUUAGAAAAGCACAAUCAGGACCCCAAACAGACGUCAAAUUACGAGCUGAUCCAACUUCAGCCUGAAGGAAAAGAACUGGUCAUCCCUGCUACAGGAAACGUCUUCUAUGCCAUGACAUCAUCUAGUGUUGACUUCCUGUUGAGGAGGAAAGGCGGGAACACUCCUCUGAGCUCACAGCCGAUCAACAUGGAGACGAGGGCCACUUUUCCUCGAAUCAAGGCCAAGGGGAGGAGACUGGUCCGGACACUAUUUUGACAUCAGAUUUUCCUGAACCCAACUUUGUCCACAGUGACGGCUUUUUCACCUCACAAACAGUAAAUGUGGCCUUCUACACAUGCCUUUCUCCCUACAAAGCUUGUUCCACUAAAACACCAAAACCAAGUCUUUAUCAACGACUCCGGAGCAGGUUUUGUCAAACUUUUCAUACCUGCAGCUGCCCUGCUGAGUUCACUAGAGCCGUCUGCUACUGAAGAACAGUGUCAGUUUUCCUCUUUUCCUAAACAGUAUGUGUUACUAAUUUACACCUCGAGGUAAAGCAAUGAAAGCCUUUAACUGAGUGCUUUUGGUGCUGUCUCUCGAGUCCCAGUCAGGUAUCACUUAAUGCAUUUUCAACUCAGUGAAUAAGAUCCAUUUCAUUGCUUAUAGCCACCAGGAAAUCCCUUGUUGCUGUGUGCCUCAGUCGUGAGCGAUGCUUCCAAAUGUAAAUAAGAGGAUUUGAUUGGUCAGAACCUCUGUGAUCACCUGAGAUGCCGUUGAAGGAUUAAGGACAGUGUUUUCUUUGGGAAGAUGCAUAAUAAAUUCGAAAUAUACAGAGCCUGUCACAUGUGGUUCUGGUGAACAGCACACAUGAGGAAGACCCAAAGAUACAGUGCAAGUGCAUCCAUGUAGCAAAACACUGGAGCUUGAGACAUAUAUAUGUUUUGUAUGUAUUUAUAUAUUUUGUACGUCUGUAUGAUGUCAACAUUGUGUUUACACUGGCGAGAAGCUCUAGGUCCUAGAGGCCAAAUUGUCUAAUUCAUCAAGGCAAAAAAUGCAUCAAAUACCUGCAAGAUUUCCACUUUAAACAGGCCAGGACAUGUCCACAGACAGCGAUUCAUUAAAUUACUAUUCAUAUUUUGAAAAGGGCUGCUUGUAUUGACUAACCCAAAAGGAAUGAUCAACCCUGUUGUAGCCCCGGAAAUUGACUUCAUGGUUCAUUCUCCCAGUUUGUUUUGUAGUUUGAAACCCUGUAUCCAGCAGCAGCUGUUUUUUUAUUUAUUUUUUUUAUUUUUAGCAACAACAAAAAAGGGUAAAGCUACCUUGUGCUACCUGCCCAACAGCAACCAGCAAACAUACAAAGUUAGCGACUAGCUGUUGAAAAAAAAAGUCAAACAUCUAUCUGCUAAAGAGCCAGAUAAUUUCCUCAGAAGUUGCUAAAGACCAAACUAGCCCUAAAAGGAGAGUGAUAUGCACUUAUUUUAUCAGCUGGACCAAGAUACAACUCCAGAUAAAUACUUCCUCUGCAGUUGUUUGUGUAUUUAGGCAGCUGUUCACUAACACCUUAGCUGUUGAAACUUUAUAGGCUGUCAUACAGGUCGUUUUAAAAUUCUUCUGACCCCUAGUGGCCAAAGAAAAUGAUUAUUGACUUAAAAAAAAAAGAGACUUAAAAAAAAAAAAUGCAGCACUUUUAAAGCUUGUGGCUUUGCUUCAGUUUAUCACUGCAGUACCAAAACCAUAAGGAAAACCGUAAGGAAAAUCCAAAAAAAAAUAACAAAACAACUUUAUUAAGCCUAAGGUUUGAACUUAUAAGCUAAACUUAAUUUAUGCAGAUUUUCACACAGCUCAGCAGGAUACAUCUUCACUGCUGUUUACGUACAGCAAAAAAAGCCUCAGCUCCAAUUUCAUGUUAUGAAUGAACAUGUUAACUUCCAUGUUGGUUUAAAACACACAACCUCUUUGAAAAAAAAAAAAAAGUCUUGUGACCUGUAGUUGUACUCAGUGCUCAGUGCUGGUGAGGCCACCUUACUGGCUGAGGCACGAGCAUAGCGGGGACCAGGGAGAGGAUUCUGGGUAAUAAUAGAUGACGUGUGCUAGCGUUAUGCUAUGCUACUGAUUGUUUUAGUGCCUUUCUCUACAGGAUGCUCGUCUUUCCCGUGUUUGCAUUAGAAUGUAUACAGUGUACGUGGAGGAAAUGCAGUCACCUCCAGUGCUGUGUAGUCUCACAUCAAAGCUGUUUAUGCACUACACACAGGAUGUCCUAUUUUUGUGGUAAUAAAUUUACUUUUAUAUGAA